CGCGCACUUCAUUUGAAUUUUGACACAAAGAGAAAGAGUAAAUUAUUAAAUUGAAUAUAAUUUGACGUUUUUGAAUUCCACCAAGGAACGGAAUAACAAAUACAAAAGGAAAAGUAAGAAUAUUGUGAAGCGAUUGUUGUAAAUUUCAUUUAUAUGGCGAUUGGACGGUUUCUUCGCAGGAACCUUGUCAGCAUAACAUUUCCCACACUAGCUGUAACAUUCAUUUUGCUCGAUUUGAACCACACAAGAAAGUGGAAGGCAGUAGCAGCGACUCAGCAUAAGAAUUGAUAUGGCUAUUUUUGGAAUAACCACACGUUAUGUGUGGUUUGCUGUACCUAUGAGUGGAUUCUUUAUUGGGAAAUAUCUCGAUGACCAGGAAACACUUAGAAUGACCAACUUCAGAGACAAGUCUGCUUUAUACGCUGGGCGGGUAAAAGGAGGUCCACCAUUAUGGCCAUCGAUUAUGUAAUUAUACAAGGAUUGAAUUCAAUGGAUUUAGUAGUCAUUCUCAUUUUGUAAAACCUGAAAGUUUGCUUUAUCUAUGGUGGUCUAAGAUCCGAUAUUAUAAAUAUAUAGCUACCCUCAUCUGUAAUUAAUUGUGGUUAGAAAUAAAUGAUAAAUAAUAUUGAAGGCCCCCGUGGCGCAGUGGUAUGCGCGGUAGAUUUACAAAACGGAGGUCCUGGGUUUGAUCUCUGCCUGGACCGAUUGAGAUUUUCUUAAUUGGUCCAGGUCUGGCUGGUGGGAGGCUUCGGCCGUGGUUAGUUACCACCCUACCGGCAAAGGCCAAGCGAUUUAGCGUUCUGGUACAAUGUUGUUUAGAAACUAUAAUAAAUAUUUUUUUAUUGUUUGGUCACAAUUUAACUAGGCAACCUAUGUGGAAUGAGUCAAGGUGAAUUUUAUCUAUCAAUUAUUUCUUAUCACAAUUAAAUACCAGAUGAGGGUAUAUGUUUCUAAUAAAGGAUCUCAUACCAUAGGUAUAAGAUAGGUAACUAUAAUUUAGGAUUGGUAACUGGGACAUUUUAGUUACAGAGGUUUUUAUGAAGGGUUGCCACAAAAUGUGUGACAUUAUUUUUUAUCAUACUUACAAAUUAUACCCAUGGAUUUUAUUAAAGUCCACGGUAAAGUCCUUUACCUGUGCAGUCAAACUGUUCAGUUAAAUUGUAUGUG